GCGCGCUCUCCUUACUUUUUGACGGUUUGAAAAUGGAGCGCCGACAGCAUGCCGGGAGAUGCAUUCUAAAUUUAGUGCACUCGUGCUUACAACACUACGCGCGCUCCUUUCACUUCAUUCUAGUUCCAAGUCGUCUCACGGUGGUAGGUGUUUUUUCAGCGUUUCCAUUCGCCAGUUCCGGUCAGCCAGCCAGCCCGCAAGAUGACCUCGAUCGAUAACGAUCCUCUGUUUACGUCGCUGUGCAACGAGAAAACGCUGCAGUCGCAGAAGGAAGGCUUCUUCAACGAGUUUUACCAUUCGGUGGCCGAGAACUUUACCGGCAAAAGUGCUCGCUGGUUGACGGAAGUGUACCAGAAGGUGCCGACCGACCAGGAACGGUUGCGCCUCAUCUACGAAGAUCCGGUCGUUUGUUAUGAGGUGCAGGGUACGCUCGAGCACGUUGAGCCCGUGUUUCGCGCGAAGGAUGCAAAGUUUUCCUGGCAGCGUCGUGAGCAGGCGUUGAAGCUGCUCGGCGAGAACAAGCUGCAGCAGGCGCUCAUUAUGGCGUGCCAGGCGGUGAUGCGUGCUCCCGGUCAAGGUGUGGAUCGCUUCAUUGACAAGGGACUGACGCUAGCGCUCGCACUGUGGACACGGGCCGAAGUGUUCAUUCGAAUGUUGGAUGGUAAGCGCGGUUUGCAGGAUCUUCAGCUAGCCUCGAAGUGUGGCCUGCCGGUUAAGCAGAACGCUGACUACUAUGCACGAGUUGCCAAGUGCUACGCACUUUCGGGUGAGAACAGUCGUGCCGAGGUGGCGGCCAAGUUGUUCCACCAGCUGUCAGGACAUAAUGAUUAUGCGCUUACGCGUCUGAAGGAAGAUAUGGAGGAUUUGCGUGUGCUUAAGCAGGAGACGCCAUCGGUCGAAGUGGAACGGGCGCUGCCCAAGCUGGCCGGUGCAGGGGAAAAUAGCGAAAUUGCUGGUGCAUCGACGAAGAUCAAGCUUGCCGGUAGCAAGGAAGAUCCACGCGGUCGUUACGUCAUUGCGGCAGCAGAUCUCGGUCCGGGCGAGGUCAUUCUUACCGAGCCGGCCUAUGCUGCCUGUCUACAUCCGAAGUACUUUGGCACGCACUGUACUGCCUGCUUCUCGAGAUUGAUAGCACCGGUCGCAUGUCCAGAUUGUUGCGGGGUGGCCUUCUGCUCGAUUGCCUGCCGGGACAAGGCUUGUGCCACGUACCAUCGCUUCGAGUGUCGGUAUCUCGAUCUAAUGAUCGGUUCCGGUAUGUCUAUCCUUUGUCACGUAGCAUUGCGUAUGGUCACGCAGGCUGGUACGCCGCAGAAAGUGAUCCAAGAGGGUCACAUGCUGCGGGACACGUUUUGUGCCCACACGGAGCACCGUGACCCGGAGGAUCACUUUAAGCGCACGCUCAUGACCGCCUUCCUGCUGCGCUGUCUGCAGAAAGCCGAAUUCUUCGGACGUCGCACAACGGAAGCACCGGAACCGACCGAGCUAGAGCUGCAGGUUGGUGCGGUUCUGCUGUCCGCCCUUCAAUCGCUACAGUUCAACGCACACGAGGUGUACGAAACGCGCAUUACCGGCGAGCAUCGGUUCGAUACGGCCAAGGUGCAGUACAUCGGUGUGGGCAUCUAUCGUGGCGCAUCGAUGUUUAACCACGAGUGCUAUCCGGGUGUAACGCGUUCGUUCCUCGGCACCUCCAUGAUACUGCACACUAGCCGUCCGAUACCGGCCGGUGCUGUAGUGCCGGAAAACUAUGGUCCACACUUCUUGCGCCAGCCGAAACCGGUGCGUCAGAGGAAUCUACGUUCGCGCUACUGGUUCAAGUGUGAUUGCCGUGCAUGCAAUGAGGAUUGGCCAAAGAUGGAUAAGCUUCCGGACAAGCCAAGGCUGCGGUGCACCACCGCAGACUGUGGCAAUGCACUGUCCUACCCAAGCAAACCGUCGCAGCGGAACGUGAAGUGCAACAAGUGCAAGAAGCAGAUCAACCUGGAGGCGAGCGUGAAAAUGCUCGAGGCCAGCGAUCAACUGUGCACUACCGGUGCGGAAAUGAUGGCGUCUCAUCAGUUGGAGGACGAGCGCGUUGACGAAGCGAUUGAGCUGCUGAAGAAGGGCAUCACGCUGUUCGGACAGGUUGCAGUGCCACCGCACAAACCGACCCUUGUUGCAGAGGAAUCGCUGCGGUCCUGCUUUGCAGACAAGGGCAACGCUAACCGAUACUGACGGCAUCCCGGGGAUACAUUCUAACGACACGGUUACGGAUUUCUAAUUAAAAAGCGUUCAGUUUCUUAUAAAAAGACACCACAGCACGUGUUGGCACAACUACUCUAUUUACGGACUCUUUUAGCCACCGUAACACCGUAACGGACUUCUAAUGUAUAAUGUUUAGUAAAG